AACUGAGGAUUUGAGUUCCAUCGCCACAAAGUUGACGCAGAGAAGAUGACGAGCAACAGCACAGCAUGCAAAAUCCUGUUGCUCUUGGUGGUGGUGGUGAUUACUGGCGAAGAACUUGGAGUCUUGGCCAAGGGUAGUCUGACAUGCAAAAACCGGUGGAGUCCGUGCUUUCGCAGGCAGAUUGUAUGUCCGAAACAAUGCCCGGACGUGAAGCCAUCAGAUCCGAACGCCAAAGCCUGCUUCUUGGACUGCUACUCCCCCAAAUGUGAAGCUACCUGUCGAGGUCGAAAGCCCAAAUGCAACGGCGUAGGAUCCGGCUGCUACGACCCCCGUUUCAUUGGUGGCGACGGUGUUGUCUUCUACUUCCAUGGAAAGAAGAAUGAGCACUUCAGCUUGAUCUCCGAUCGAAACGUCCAAAUCAACGCCCGCUUCAUCGGCCUCCGACCCGAGGGAAGAACCCGUGACUUCACAUGGAUACAAGCCCUCGGUAUCAUGCACGACUCCCAUGCUCUCACCGUCGAGGCAACCAAAACCGCCCGAUGGACCGAUGCCGUCGACCAUCUUCGUUUCACGUACGAUGGUAAGCCACUGGAGAUCGCACAAGGCCAUCUUUCCUCAUGGAAGUCGUCCGAAGACAAGGUGGUGGUGGAGAGAACCGGAAGCAGGAACAGCGUUACCAUUACAGUCGAUGCAGUGGCGGAGGUAUCUCUAAGCGUGGUUCCGGUCACCAAGGAGGACGACGAGAUCCACAAGUAUCAGAUCCCAUCCGACGACUGCUUUGCGCACUUGGAGGUUCAAUUCAGAUUCUUUGGUCUCUCUCCCGAGGUGGAAGGAGUUCUUGGACGAACCUACCGCCCAGACUUCAAGAACACAGCGAAAUGGGGCGUGGCGAUGCCGGUGGUCGGCGGAGAAGACGAAUACAGGACUUCAUCACUUGUUUCUCCAGAUUGCAACCGGUGUCUUUUUUCUCCGGAGGCAGAUAACUAAGCGGUGGCUCACUGUUACUCACAGUUGCAGGAUUCGGUUACGGCCAUGUCCAAUUUAUGAUGCACGCAAUGUGUUUGUCACGAGGUCACUGAUGAGACUUCAUAAAAAUGGUGGUGUUUAAUCGAUUGCAGUAAGAUUAGAGGCGAAUAACGAAGAAUCUCACAAAUAUAUGGCCCCGUGCAUUUUACCUUA